AUGCGCGACUCAGUUCCUGCACCUGGCCAGGAUAACAAUUGGCCACCAGGAUUCCGGCAAUUUACGCGGAUGCAGCAACAGUUCAGAGGUAGAAGCGGGCCUGUCGUAAAGGUGGAACUAUGGACCCACUGGAACGCCGAACACCGUCUAACCAGAUUUGGCCGUGCACAAAAUCGCACACACGCACACACCUCGCACUUCCCAAUUCCAUAUUCAAAAUGGAUUAUCAACCUGCUUCUGGUGGUGCCCCGGGCAGCCGAGGAUGUUACAACUGUGGAGAUACCACCCAUCAAGCUCGCGACUGUCCGACCAAGGGAAACCCAACGUGUUAUAAUUGCGGACUCAAAGGUCACGUUUCGAGGGAAUGCUCGGGUCCUCAACAGGAACGGACCUGCUAUCGUUGCGGUCAAGCUGGUCAUCAGUUACGCGAAUGUCCCAGCAGUGAAGGUGCUCCACCACCACCCCGAGGCGGCGGCGGCAGCGGCGGUCAAGAGUGCUAUAAGUGUGGCACUGUUGGCCAUAUCGCGAGAAAUUGCACUGAGGGAGGUUCCUACAGCGGUGGUUAUGGUGGUGGCUACGGAGGUAGUGCCGGUGGUUAUGGAGGCGGCCAGCAGCGCCAGACCACGUGCUACUCGUGUGGCGGCUAUGGGCACAUGUCGAGGGAUUGCACCCAAGGCCAAAAAUGCUACAACUAUGCACAAGUACCGCAAAACACGUAUUCUUGAAGUCAUUACCUGUUCCACCAUUCAAGUCUCCGAGAUGUACUAUUUCGUGUACCCUGAUCCAUGGAGCUUUGAAAUACCCCGCGCUCUGCCAAAACUUGCGUCAGCGUCUGCGUCAGCGUGUAAGUUGCAGCAGUGA